AUGCACAGCGGAGAACGUCUUGUUCUCGGUAUUGAAGGAAGUGCGAAUAAAAUCGGGGUCGGGAUUGUGACGAGUGAUGGUGCGAUCUUAGCAAACGUUAGGCGGACGUUUGUGCCAAAGACAGGCUCGGGCUUUCAACCGCGGGAGACGGCGCGGCACCACCAAAAACACGUCGCCUCGCUCAUAGAAGAGGCGCUUCACACCGCCGGGGUGCGUCCGACUGACCUCUGUGCAGUCGCGUACACAAAAGGCCCGGGCAUGGGAGCCCCACUUCAGAGCUGCGCGAUUGCUGCCCGCAUGUUUGCGCUCAUGCACGAUCUUCCGCUGGUGCCGGUCAACCACUGUGUCGCGCACAUUGAGAUGGGACGACUCGUCACCGGUGUCGACAAUCCUGCUGUGCUCUAUGUCAGCGGCGGCAACACGCAAAUCAUAUCCUAUUCCGAGGGACGAUAUCGCAUAUUUGGGGAGACAAUUGAUAUAGCGGUUGGGAAUUGUCUGGAUCGUUUUUGUCGACUCGUCGGUCUAAGCAACGACCCAUCUCCUGGGUUUCAGGUGGAGCAGGAAGCCAAAAAAGGGCGACACUACGUUCCUUUACCGUAUUCGGUCAAGGGUAUGGAUGUGAGUUUCUCGGGAAUCCUCUCGCGAAUCCAAGAUCUUAUCGGAUCCUACGCUAUACCUGACCUUUGCUUUUCGCUUCAGGAGACCGUGUUUGCGAUGUUGGUUGAAGUCACUGAGCGCGCGAUGGCGCACUGUGGCCAGCGGGAUGUCCUCGUGGUGGGCGGUGUCGGUUGCAAUGAGCGCCUCCAGGAGAUGCUGACCACCAUGUGCACUGAUCGAGGUGGAAGGGCCUUCUGUACAGACGAGCGCUUUUGUGUGGAUAACGGUGCCAUGAUCGCUUGGACCGGCUGGCUUCAAAUCUCGUCAGCUGCGCGUUUGCUUGGUUCCGAAAAACUCGAAUGGCCCUGGAGCGACUGCACAGUGACUCAGAGAUACCGCACCGAUGACGUAGCGAUCACUUGGCGCGAGGAAGGCGCUCUGCAGCUAGCGAUGGAUUAG